AUGAGGCGCGGGGGCCCCGCCGCCAUCGCCGCUUGCCUUGCCGGGGCACUCGCCGUGCUGGCGGGGCCGGGGCCGGGAAAUGCCACCGGGACCGGCCGGCGGCCCCCCCGCAGCUACGGGCAUCUGGAGGGCGACGUGCGCUGGAGGCGGCUCUUCUCCGCCACCCGCUUCUUCCUGCGCAUCGACGGCGGCGGCGGCGUGGAGGGGACGCGCUGGAGGGAGCGGCCGGGCAGCAUCGUCGAGAUCCGGUCGGUGCGUGUUGGCGUCGUGGCCAUCCGGGCGGUGCACACCGGCUUCUACCUGGCCAUGAACAAGCGGGGGAGGCUCUACGGGUCGGUAGGGACCCCAGCUGAGCACAGCCAUCCCUCACCCCCUUCCCUUUCCUGCCAGAAGGAGUUCAGCCCCAACUGCAAGUUCACGGAGCGCAUUGAAGAGAACGGCUACAACACCUACGCGUCACUGCACUGGCGGCACCGCGGCCGCCCCAUGUUCCUCUCGCUCAAUAGCAAGGGCAGGCCACAGCGAGGGGGCAAGACACGCCGGCAGCACCUCUCCACACACUUCCUCCCCAUGCUCAUCAGCUGAACACCAUGGGCAGCUCCGGACGGUCCUGUAGGAAAAAAAAAAAGUUAUUUUAUUUAUGUACAUAUCUAUUUUUUGCUAUUUAUUGCUGUAUUUUUAAUGCACGGCAGAGGAUGGAUGUAUAAGGCAGAUGCUCCAGACUCAGCUGCACAGGGCUGUGGCUCUCUCCCAUUGUUCUCCCUGUGCAGAGCUGGUGUGGUGCAGACAGGGAGCACAACCAGAGCAGGGGCCAGGAUCUGCUAAUGGGAUGUACGAGCAGGUUUUCUGUGUCUGAGCA